CCAGUGCUCUUUUUCUGCUGCCGCCCUCUCCAGCCUCUCCAGCCUCUCCUCCAACAUGGCCUCCUACAGCUCCUCCGCCCAAAGUGCCUCCUCUUACCGCCGCACCUUUGGCCAAGGCACCUACGCCUCGCCCUCCCUCAACCGCUCCCUGUUUGGCCACAGCGGCGGCAGUGGAGGCCACGUCACCUCCAGGGUGUACGAGGUGACCCGCACCAAGGCCUCGCCCGCUUACCGCGUGUCCUCCGGCUACUAUGGCGUGCCGGUGGCGUCGUCGAGGGCCUCCGCCGCGCGCUCCUACGCCGGCAUGGGCGAGACCCUGGACUUCAGCCUGGCCGACGCCCUCAACCAGGAGUUCCUGACCACGCGGACCAACGAGAAGGUGGAGCUGCAGCACCUCAACGACCGCUUCGCCAGCUACAUCGAGAAGGUCCGCUUCCUGGAGCAGCAGAACCAGGCACUGGCGGUGGAGGUGGAGCGCCUGCGGGGCCGCGAGCCCACGCGCAUCGCUGACCUGUACGAGGAGGAGAUGAGCGAGCUGAGGAGGCAGGUGGAGAUCCUGACCAAUCAGAGGUCACGCGUGGAGGUGGAGCGCGACAACCUGGCCGACGACCUCGACAAGCUCAAACUCAGACUCCAGGAUGAGAUUCUGCAAAAGGAGGAUGCAGAAAAUAACCUGGCUGCUUUCAGGGCGGAUGUGGACGCUGCCACUCUGGCUCGUCUUGACCUGGAGAGACGCAUCGAGACUCUGCAGGAGGAGAUCGCCUUCCUGAAGAAGAUCCAUGAAGAGGAGAUCCGUGAGCUGCAGACCCAGAUGCAGGAGACUCAGGUUCAGAUCCAGAUGGACAUGUCCAAGCCGGACCUGACAGCGGCACUGAGAGACAUCAGGGCCCAGUACGAAGGCAUCGCCGCCAAGAACAUCUCAGAGGCCGAGGACUGGUAUAAGUCAAAGGUGUCCGACCUGAACCAGGCGGUGAGUAAGAACAACGAGUCGCUGAAGCAGGCGCGACAGGAGACCAUGGAGUUCAGACACCAGAUCCAGGCCUACACCUGCGAGAUCGACUCACUUAAAGGCACCAACGAGUCGCUGAUGAGGCAGAUGAGGGACAUGGAGGACCGUCACGGACGCGAGGCCGGCGGCUUCCAGGACACCAUCGCCCGGCUGGAGGCGGAGAUCGCCAACAUGAAGGACGAGAUGGCGCGCCACCUCCGCGAGUACCAGGACCUGCUCAACGUCAAGAUGGCGCUGGAUGUGGAGAUCGCCACCUACAGGAAGCUGCUGGAAGGGGAGGAGAGCAGAAUUACCUUGCCUGUGCAGAGCUACUCUACCCUGAGCUUUCGAGAGACCAGUCCUGAACAGCAGCAGAGAGCCUCUGAGAUGCAUUCAAAGAAAACAGUUCUUAUCAAGACCAUCGAGACACGCGAUGGAGAGGUUGUCAGUGAGUCGACGCAGCACCAGCAAGACAUCAUGUAAAUCAUCUGCGGAAGUAAAGGAGACAAGGGAAACGAGAUGAAAAGCAACAAAAACAAAAAAAAAGAUGCACAAAUAAAACUAGACGGAAAAGACUCAUCACUACAUCCUGUACUGCUGUUGCUUAAAAGUGAUCACAAUAUGUGAAUUUAAAGCAGCAUCAUUUUGUCAAGAAAGUCUCCAUCCCAAUUGUCAAAAAAUAAUAUUAAAACACAGCAUUUCUUUGUCCAAAGGGGGAAAAAAAAUGACACACUUUUGCAAGUGUCAGAAAGUCCAUUUAGCAAAUGCGACCAAUUAUUCACAUCACACGCUUGCGUUCACAGCUCUUGUUCAAGGUCCCAGUCCUAGUUUUUUUCCACCCAUUAGGAGCAGAACAACGUGGACGGCGUGUGACUGAGGUUUUGUGCUAAUCAAAGGGACGCGGGGGAAGGACAGAUAAGGAGGAGGAGAUGGAAAGGGAGAUUAAAAGAUGUCUGGAGAUAGAAGGAGAGGUUGUGUGAGGUAGGAAAGAGAGAAGCAGAAGCAGGAUCAUCAUCACUCUAGUGCAGAGGUUUCAAACUCAAAAGACCUGGGGGACACAAAAAAUCAAAAUGUUGGGUUAAAAAGACAAAAUUUCACAGAAUUUCAAAAUAAAAGCAUUUGUGUUGAUAUGGAACGUUGGUACGGGCCAAAUGAACUCAAUUGGAUGGCAGCAUAUGGCCCACGGACCAUGAGUUUGAGGCCUCUGCUCCAGUGACUCGAAUAUAGUUUCCUAUAAUAAAAGUGAAGUGGAUUCAA